CCGCUGCUUUUUACCCCCUUAUUUUACAUCGAUUGGAGGUGCGUGCCUUAUUGCAUAGGUACUCCGUUGCUCAUAUGCUACACCUCUCGCCCUUGACUUCGGUGAUCUGCUGGGAACCGUGUCUUAACGAUCAGUCCACUGCGGGACACUAGUGCUACCUACUUCUUGUUCAAAAACAAUUUUUAAGAUAUUUUUUUAAAAUUUUGAGUUGGUUUGUAAGGCAAGCAGAAAUAAGUAGCUAUAAAUGGUACGUUUACUAGAUUGCCAAUUUUUCAAAACAAACAAACGAGCGUAGUGGAAAUUUGUACAAGAGUAUUUUGUUCUAGAAGCAAUAAAGUACUGCAAAAAAAGUUUGCAUUGUAAUAUCAUUAAAGGCUAUUGGGUGCAGUAGAAUGGUUAAUGAAUGAACUGCGAAUGGGUUUUGCCUGAGGAUCACAUCAACUUAAAAAAACAACUAAAUAAGGAAACAAAUCUGCUGUUCCUACUUAGCAAGGCAAUUUUCCAUCUUUGCCUUAAUUCAAGAACGUAAUUUUUCAUUGUAUUUCAUUCUAUGAAUAUGUGAGAAAAUAAAGUUACAUAUAUAUGUAAUUAGUUAUGGAUUCUGAUGCUUUAACAAUAGACAUUUGAUAAUAGUAACCUGAAACUGACUGAUCAACUGCAUUCCUUAUUAUACUAUCUAAGAGUACCUGCCUUUUUUUUAAAAAAAAAGGGGGGUUAUAUUCAUUUUAAUAAAAAGUAAUAUUUGAGCGAUAUAUAUAACAUGGGUUUUGCUAAAAAAAGUCGUUGUGUAAAGCCAUAUUCUUGUACUGUAUGCAAUAUGUGUUUUUCUAAAACAAGUGCUUUAAUUAGACAUAGUCUUGUUCAUUCGGGUGAAAAACCUUAUUCUUGCAAUAUGUGUAAUAAGCGUUUUACUCAAAAAAGUAAUUUAAAAAAUCAUCACCUACUUCAUUCUGGCAAAAAGCCUUAUUCUUGUAGCACGUGCAAUAUGUGUUUUACUCGAAAAAAUCAAUUGAAUACACAUAAUAUUGUUCAUACUGGUGAAAAGCCUUACUCCUGUAGUGUAUGUAAUAUGUGUUUUUCUGAAAAAAGUGUUUUAAAUAGACAUAAACUUGUUCAUACUGGUGAAAAACCUUUUUCUUGUAAUCUCUGCAAUAUGUGUUUUUCUCAAAAAGGUCAUUUAAAUCGACAUAUUCUUGCUCAUACUGGUGAAAAACCUUAUUCUUGUAAUGUGUGUAAUAAACGUUUUUCUCAAAAAACUUACUUAAAUAAACAUAGUUUAGUUCAUUCAGGUGUAAGACCAUACUCUUGUAGUAUAUGUAAUAUGGGUUUUUAUCAAAAAAGUGAUCUAAAUAGACACAGUUUUGUUCAUACUGGUGAGAAGCCUUAUUCUUGUACUGUAUGUAAUAGGUCUUUUUCUCAAAAGAAUCGUUUAAAUAUGCAUAAUCGUAUUCAUGCUGACAAAGAAGCGAUUUAAAUAGUCAAAAUUUUGUUCUUAUUAUUGGAAAACUUUAUUCUUGUAAUGUAUGUGAAAUAAAAAAAAAUCAUAAUCAUUGUUAAAAGUUGUGAAUUUUUAAUCUUCAUUUUAGUGAAAAGUCUUGUUCAUUUAAUAUGUAUGACAUAUCUUAUUUGUGAGAAAGUCGUGUAAAUGCACAAAGUCUGUUUCAUACUGGUAAAAAUCUGUAGUAAUAUGCAAUGGACAUUUUUCUGGAACUAGUCCUUUAAUUAGACCUUGUUUUGUUCAUUUGGAUGAAAAACCUUACUCUUGUAACGUUCACAAGGUGAGUUUUAUUCAACUAAGUGAGUUUUAUUCAAUUCAAAGACACAGCUUUGUUCAUUCCGGUGAAAAGCCUUAUUCUUGUAGUAUUUGCAGCAAAAGUUUUUCUCAAAAAGGUCAUUUAAAUAAACAUAAUCUUGUCUCCAUUCUGGUGCAUGGCCAUGUUCAUGUAGUAUGGGUUUUUGUCAAAAAUGUGAUUUAAAUAGGCAUUAUCUUGUUCAUACUGGUGAAAAGCCUUAUUCUUUUACAAUAUGUAACAAGUGUUUUUUUUCGAAAAAAUCAUCUAAAUACACAUAAUCGUACUCAUAUUGGUGAAAAGUCUUAUUUUAUAUCAUUUUUAAAGCUUAAAAUGUAUAUUUUAAUGUUAUGCAGCUUGAUUUUUAUUAACUUUUAAUCGAUACCCUCCAUUUUUAACUACGAACUCAUGUUUAAUUUUUUUCAAGAACUAUGUAAAAUAAAGGCCUUAUUUAAA